UCAGUUCAAUCAUUCCAAUUGUCAUUUUUAUCACAAAAAUCGGUUGCUUCGUCUUCGUUUCGUAUUUCGUUGCUUGCAAAACAUGUAUCGUCGUACUUUCUGAAGAAGUUUACAUAUUUUUGAUCUUUUAAAAAUCAAGUGUCCAACCUACGUGGCAAAUUAAUUAACAAAUAAAUUAAAUGCUUCAAUUAUAAAUAUUCUUAUCAAAUUAAAACAAUACAUUAAAAACACAUAAAAAUGAUGCCCUUGGCAGAUUUCAUGCAGAUGAUUCUGUUUAUAGGAUCGGCAUUUUUUGUUUCCCUGGUGCUGGCGCUAGUUAUUAUCCAAAAAUCCAUAACAAGUCCAUUCCCCAUAAUAAAGCGCCACAAAGAAGAAAAAUACUUUGUCGAUCCAAAUUCUAUCAAAAAAGUUGAUUUUCCAUCUAUAGACGAUGAACCGAGUGUGGAUCUGAGUGUUGUGAUACCCGCAUACGAGGAGGAGAAUAGAUUGCCAAAGAUGCUUGACGAAUGUAUGGAGUAUUUAGAGAAUCGAUCUAAAUCUGGAGAGUUCACCUAUGAAGUGAUUGUUGUGAGUGACGGCAGCCGUGAUGGAACUGUGUCACUGGCAUUGAAAUAUUCCAAAAAGUACACGGCCGAGAAGCUGAGAGUUCUCGAGCUGAUUGAGAAUCGCGGCAAAGGGGGAGCUGUUCGAAUUGGAAUGCUAAGUAGCAGAGGUAAAUGCUUGCUCUUUGCUGACGCUGAUGGUGCUACCAAGUUCUCUGAUUAUGCUAAACUCGAGGACAGCUUGAAAUCCAUUACAACAGAUUGGAAUGUCAACGCAGUGAUUGUUGGUUCAAGGGCACAUAUGGAAGAUGAAGCUAUUGCUACAAGGACUUUCUUUAGAACAUUCCUGAUGCAUGGUUUCCACUUUUUGGUUUGGUUAUUCGCUGUCAAAUCCAUUCGAGAUACCCAAUGUGGAUUCAAACUUCUUACACGUUCCGCUGCCAAGAAACUUUUCAAGAGUUUGCAUGUAGAGAGAUGGGCUUUUGAUGUUGAACUGCUUUAUAUCGCUGAAAAACUCAAAAUUCCAAUAAAAGAAAUCGCUGUAACUUGGACUGAAAUUGAAGGAUCUAAACUUUCACCAUUCUGGUCAUGGCUUCAGAUGGGUAUUGAUUUGUUCUUGAUUUGGUUCCGUUAUCUGUGUGGAGCAUGGAAAAUCCAAGAAGAAAAAUCACAUUCUUCCUAAGAAACUUGAUCUAAAAAAACCUUUCCCCAAAUGUGCGUUCCUUCGAAAGGGCAUAGAAUUCUGUGUAAAAUUAUUAAUUUUUAUACUUUUACCUUAAGAUAAAAACUGUAUUCUAGUUUAGAUGAUAGAAAAAUAUGCAUUUUUUGAAUAUUAAAUAUUAAUACAAAAUAUAUAAAUAAAUAUAAUCUUUAUAAAUGGAAGCCACAAUA